AUGGCUAAUCUAUCGCCACCAAGUCCUCCUAGAUCUCCUGGCCCUUCAAGAAUGUCUCGAAAAUGGGCUAGAAAGUGCGAACGUUAUUGUUGCAUUGGCGCAACUUACUUCCCCCUUGUAUUUGUAUACAGUAUCACAACCUGGGCUGUCUGGGUAGAAACUACAAUUGGAUUUCUGGCAGAUGGCAGCAGAACACACUGGAUAGGAAAGGGGACGUCAUUUCUGGGAAUCAUUAUAUAUCUUCUCCUGAAUUGGUCGUAUACGGCUGCGGUCUUCACGAGUCCAGGAACUACCACGGCCGCAAACCAUGGAUAUAGCGCCCUUCCCACACACAAUCCUGUGGCGACAAACUUCACGGUGAAAUCGAAUGGGGAAUUGCGCUAUUGCAAGAAAUGCCAGGCAAGGAAGCCAGAUCGAACGCACCAUUGCUCAACAUGCGGAACUUGUGUAUUAAAGAUGGACCAUCAUUGUCCAUGGUUAGCUACCUGCGUUGGACUGCGAAAUUAUAAAGCCUUCCUCUUAUUCCUGAUAUAUACAACAUUGUUCUGUUUUCUCUGUUUCGCAGUCUCCGGAACUUGGGUUUGGAGAGAGAUAUUGAGCGAUGGAGAAUAUACCGAUUCAUUGUUACCCGUCAAUUAUGUGAUGCUAGUGGUAAUUUCUGGGAUUAUAGGAUUGGUCUUAGCAGGUUUUACAGGAUGGCACAUUUUAUUAUCAUCCCGCGGUCAAACGACAAUUGAGUGCCUCGAGAAGACGAGAUAUUUGUCCCCAUUGAGAAAGACUAUGCAACAUCAACACAUUCCUGAAGAUCAAGCCCCUGGAUCAUACGAACAAUUAGAGAGAGCUCGAGCAAGAGAUCGAUAUGAGGAAUAUCUUGACGAACAAGAUUCGGAAAAAUUACCUAGCGCUUUUGAUCUUGGGUGGAGGAGGAACUUCAAGCAUUUAUUUGGACCCAAGGCAUUAUUAUGGGCGGUUCCUAUACCUACUACCACUGGAGAUGGAUGGAGUUGGGAGGCAAGUCCAAAAUGGUUAGAGGCUCGAGAAAAACUUGCCCGAGAAAGAGAAGAACAAAGAAAUAGAGAAAGGGCUGCUGGCUGGGGCGAGCCAGCAUCUCCAAUAGUACCCCUGCCAAGAUCAGAGGGAGCUGGCAGACAUUAUGUUUCCUAUCCCACACAACCCAAUCGAGCCAACCGUUCUCAAUCCAAAGCAGACCGAAUCUUGGGGCGCAGUCCAAAUCAAUAUGUGGAUGAAGCAGACUCAAACUCCGUCUCGAUGCAAACACUGCAGCCAAGAGACAGCGACGAAGAUCCUUACGAAAUUAGCAGUGACGAAGAUGAGGCGGAAAGAAAAGUGCUCGACAGAAAAGCUGCCGCUGGGUGGCCCCAGAGAGUUGGUGUAGUUACGAAUACAUUACUAGGAAAUACGAUAGCACGACAAAAGGAUGACACGAGAGGAUGGGAUGGGCAUGUACAUGGACACGAUGAUGAUGUGGAUUAG